AUGAAAGAUCGGCCCGUCAUCAGCAUCGAAAAUUACACCAUAUACUGCAGCGAUGCUGAUGAGAAGAAAAUAAUGCAAUUAGCCUUUCUGCACUUCGAAGCCGCAUUCGACUCUCCUCUUCUCAACGUGCUUCGUGAUGAAGUACCACGAAAGUUCGUGUCAUCGUUCGGUGUCAUCCUAGUGCCAUCAGGAUAUCCCUUGAUCGACCUCGAGCUGGCUGUAGCCUACGGACUACGUCUACGCUCAGAUGAAUGCAAGCAGUUGUGGGCCUCCUCGAGACCUCGAACAGGAACCAAGGUGAAAGGACAAUCGAUCGAACUUGUCGAUGAGUACUGCUACCUAAGCUGUACGCCUAAGAACGGCAGCUAUUAG